AUGGGUGAAAGCGCCUUGGGCGCUUCUGUUACGCAAGAAGAUGAUCAUGAGGGAAGUGCGACUGCGGAGCGUAGCCUUGACGACGGGGACAGUGAAGAUGUACAGUCAACGGAUAACGGCAUUGAGGGCUUGACCUUUGCGAGGACGCGGAGCAGGAAUACGCCGGCGGAGACGCAGGAUUCGGUGUCAGAGCUGUCCAUAAGACCCAAGAUCACGCUGGAGGGCAGCCCAGCUUCGACGGAUAUACCCGAUGACACACCUUCGGUGCAGGGCUCCGGUAUAUCCUCACCUACCAGCAGUGUGCCAGUGUCGCAUAACUCGCUCCGUGCGCACCGUCCAACAUCAUUACAGCCAUUCGAGCGUCGCUUCUCCUCGCGGCUAUCACCUUCUCCAUUAACGUCUCCAGCUCGGGGCCAGUCACCCGCAUUCCUGUCGCCGCACUCGCGACAAUCUUCCGUAUCGAGCAAUCUGAUCUUCCAACAACUAUCAGAUGAUGGGUCAGAAACACCUCAAGCGCCAUGGGAGGUUGUGAGAUGGACCAGGUUGAAGAAGAUCACUGAACAGGUCUUCUCAGAGAUCGGGAGGCGCAACUUUGGGCGGCCAACAUGUCUGAACGUUACCGUCUUGCUGGCGAUAGGCACCUCAAAAGGCUCCAUCCUCAUCUUCGACUACCAGCAGGUUCUCAAAUCCAUCAUUGGACCGGGCACCAAGGCUGUUGAAUGCGGCGCCAUCACUUCGUUAACCAUUGCUGCCGAUCACUCGACUAUCGCAGGAGGACAUGCGACUGGCCACAUCUUUACUUGGGAGUUGUCAAAACCGGCAAGGCCCUUUCUUCACAUACCGCCACUGGAGAGGGCAAUCUUAGAAGACAACAAGUCAGAUGGUCAUGUCUCAGGCGUAGCAAUCCUUCAUCUGGGUUUCCUAGGUACCCGACAUACAGCACUCGUAUCGGCCGAUGAUGCAGGCAUGGCGUUCUCACAUCUUGCAACACGCGGACUAGGGGCUAUUGCGCGGACGGUAAAGACCACUCGGAUCCUGGGUAGAUACCCAUUGUCGGCAAAGUCACUGGAGAAGCCACGCAAACCAAGUUCUGUGCUCGCGUUUGCACCCCUGCCGUUAGGAAAUGUAGAGCAGCCCACUGACAGUAUGGGUUUGACCGCGCUUUUAACACCAUACUUGCUCGUCAUCGUAUCGACUACCCCAGUUGCGCAGACACAGCACAAGGCGCCUCGACCAAAGGACGUGGAAGCACACAGCGCGUUGAGUGGAUGCCUAGCCUGGUUCCCAGCUGUCAAGCUUAAGACCUCCAACGGUCCUGAGAAUGCGGUCUCCAAAACAAAGCUCGUAUAUUGCUGGUCGAACGUCCUCACUAUACUUGAGGUUGAUCACAUUCUGCCACCACCAUCGGAAAGAGAAAAGCCGACAGAGCUUCGCUUUAAGCCUCGGAGUCGUUGGAAGGCAGACGAGGCUAUUGUCGCUGUUCAGUGGCUCAGCAGAUCAGUCCUUAGUGUGCUGACCAUCAGCCAACGACUGAUCAUCUUGGAAGACAACACGUUACGUGUUACGGACUCGUUCGAUCUGUUGCAGAAGCACAUCUAUCAUUCAGAUCUCUUCUCGCGGCAGCUCAAACCAGUUGUCGAGCAGCUCAAUGAAGAAGACGCUUUGCUCCAUGGAGUCGUGGCAGACGCAUUCUACAUGAGUUUUCGAGCGUACAAGGGUCGGCUUUUUCUCUUAGGCUUCAACGACUGCUCGAUUGGCACCCUCUCCAACUGGGCCGACCGUCUGCUGGCAUUGAUGGAAGAUGGUAACUAUAUAGCCGCGAUCGGUCUCGCGACCUCAUAUUAUGUCGGCGAUGCAGACAAGCUUACAGUUGGAUUACCGGAAAACGACAAAGCACGACAUGCGCUUGUUCAACCGAAGCUCCUCGAGAUGAUAACGGCGUCACUGAAGUACUCAUUUUCACACCAGGAUGACGUUGAUGGCGGCACACAUGAGCGGCGAGCAAAAGAACUUGCCGAAGUGGUCUUUAGCGGACUGCUGUGCAUGGAGGAAUACGACUUCCUUUUCGAAGAGGUCUACGAUGCCUAUGAAGAAGCGUCAGCGGAGAAGGCUUUCUUCGAGACUCUCGAACCAUACAUACAAGACGAUGAGAUCACUGCAGUGCCACCAAACGUCUUGAAAGACCUUAUCACCUUUUACGCUUCGGCCAACCGCUCUACCCAGCUUGAAGAGAUGAUAUGCCGGCUCGACACGGAUACCAUGGAUUUGAAUCAGGUCACGACACUUUGUCAACAGUAUGUGUUGUACGAUGCCCUGAUCUACGUGUGGACAAGAGCCAUUGGCGACUACAUCACACCACUCACUAACAUACUGGAACUCAUCAAGCUCGUAGAUUUCGAUGUGGAUGAGACGGGGAAUAUCUAUCUUACUGCGGCGAAGAAGAUCUUUCCGUAUCUAGCAUACACCUUCACAGGCCGGGUGUACCCUGGGGGCACGUUCAUGAAUGAUGACCAAGCCUACAGUGCCAAGAAGGAUAUGUAUCGAUUCUUGUUCUCCGGCAAGAACCUGCAGUGGCCGCCGGGUUCGGGUGAUGUUAUCUUGACCCAAUCCGAUGGCAGCCCGGAGCCUGCAUUUCCUUAUCUGCAGCUCGUCUUAGACUUCGACGCGUCCAGCUUUAUGAGCAUGUUGAACGAGGCUUUCGAAGAUAGUUUCUUGAAUGGCGAACAAGAUGCGCCUAACGAAGCUCAGGCCAAUGGCAUGCAGCACGGCUCCGCUCUUACACCCACUCGCCAGUCCAUCAUAAACUACCUGUUCGGCAUCAUGAACACUGACAACUUUGAUCCGGAAGACGUCAUCUACUUCUACAUGUUCGUCGCGCGAAAUCUGCCCAAGUAUCCGCAACAUAUCAUGUUACCAGGGACGUCGCUGCAUCAGAUCCUCAUGGGUCUCUGCAACUAUCCUACAGACACUAUUAAAGAAGACUGCCAGCUCUCAGUCGAGUACCUGCUUUCAAUCUACCAUCCACCCAAUCCGCAAAGCCUCGUGCCAUUGUUCGAAACCGCUGGGUUCCACCGCGUGCUCAAGUCCGUUUAUCGAGGUGCACAUCAGUACGCUAGGCUGCUAGAAACAUACCUUGUUGACGACGAAGACGAGGAGGCAGUCUUUGGGUGUAUUGCUGAUAUCCUACGACCAAGCAAGGGCCUCACCAAGAAGCAAGUCAACGAGGUCAAAGCAGUCAUCGUCGGACGUGCUGCCAAUUUAGCUGCAGUUGACGCAUCGCAAACUGCAAUGAUACUCAGGCAAUAUGCGCCUGACUUGCUGAAGCCAGUUCUAGAUGCUAUUGAGGCCGAGGCCGAUGCUCAAUACCGAUAUCUGGAGGCUUUGAUCGAACCAGACCAAGCCGGAGCAGGGGCAAUGACGGCCAUUGAUGAGAAUCUUCCUUCCGAAUUCAUCGAAAGCUAUGUGCAACUCAUGUGCACUUACAAUAGCGGGCACGUCGCGGAUUUUGUCAGCUCGUUGAAGUCCAGUGAUCUCAGACUCGACCCCGUGCUGCCAGCGUUGGAGAAGGGCGGUGUCAUCGACGGCGCCGUUAUAUUGAUGGCACGAGACGGCUUUGUCCAAGGAGCCAUGGAUCGAUUGGUAAAGCAUCUUGGCACGCUCGAGACUGCUUUGACCGGACUUAUCGGAGCCGCUGCGGAGACCCCAGAUGUCGCAAACACUGAAGAAGCAGUCCACGAUCUUCUCGACGACAUUGAGAAGUACAUUAAAGUCGGCAUAUGGCUUUGCCAAGGGCAAACACGAUCGGCAGAGCGGGGGCCAGAGUCCACCAUCGACAGGCGGAAGUCCGCAUACGGCGAGGUUCGAGAAUCAGAUCUCGCAUUAGACGAACUCUUAUGGCUCGAGCUAGUCGACACAUCCGUACGCCUCAUCAGAGAUACAUCAAGUGCCGUUGCAGACCACGACGCCUCCAUCGCAUCAACAAAUGUCGAUCAAGCUGAUACCGUUGACACCGCCUGCAUCGUCUCAUCCCUCCGAUCCACGAUUCAACAAACCUUCUCCGCCCUCUUAACAUCUACCACCAUCCCACCCACCCAAAAGACUGCGCAACCCCAUCCCGCCACAGACGCAUCAACGACCCGCCCACCCUUCCAACAACCGCGAUCCCAGCCGCGUUCCAACCCUUCCUUUCUCCGCAUCCUCCGCUGUCUCCUUACCCGCGCAACACAUACCUACUCCCCCUCGCUCUUCGACUUGCGCUCCGUGUUAUCGGAAAUCUUCGCCGCCUACACUUUCGAAGAAACGAUUCUCAGUCUAGCAAACAGGUUUCUGGAUAAAGAGUCCUUCGAACACGUCGAGGAGAUUACUGAGCUGAGGAAACGUGGGUGGAGGCCGAGAGGCCAGAUGUGCGAGGGGUGUCGGAAGAGAGCUUGGGGUCCGGGUGCGGGGAGUGGUGUGUGGGAGGCUUGGGAGAAACGUGAAGAAGGCAGGGCGAAGAUGAAAGCUGAGGCUGGUGGUGCGGGUGCGGGUGAUGGCGAGGGAAGUGGGAAGGCGAAGGGGAAGAGACCCAGUCAGGCUGAUGUACUAGAUGAUGGUGAAGAAGAGGGGGAGAAGGAGGAGAGUCUUGUGUUGUUUGCUUGUAGGCAUUUGUGGCAUAAGGGGUGUUUAGAGAAGGAGAGUGGUGGGCAGGAAGCGAAUGCGGAAGUGGGGAAGAUCAUGGGGAGGAUGGGGUUGAAGUGCCCGCUUUGUUGA